CACAGCACCACUCGACAGCCUGGGUCUCAGGUUACGUAGUGGUUUCAACCAUGAAAGACAUAGUGAAGAAUCCUUAUUCGGUUUUUAAAAAGCUUAUCAUAGCUAUCGCUUGCUUGGUAGUUAUUUGUAUUGCUUUACUGAUAGCACUGAUUAUUGUUGUCUAUCAAUCACAUACAAAUGUAAAACAGGACGAGGUUCRGGAUUGUCCUGCCAGAAGGAUAAGAGAUGAGCCUCGUGUUCAACAUCAACUGAAGACAACUGGAGUAUUUGACGAUUUGAGUCCCGAGGAAAUCCUUGCAGUUCGUGAUUUCAUCUUGGGCCAAAAUUCCCUGAAUGUCACUCCAUUUGAGAAAGCGACACUCGCAAGUAACUAUAUUUACUUGAUUGAACUCCAGCAACCACCAAAAGAAGCAGCGCUGAAUUUCCUGGAUAAUCACGGACCCAGGCCUGAAAGACAAGCUAAAGUGAUUAUCAACAGAGGCGGUGACGUUGACCCUACAGUACAGCAAUAUAUCGUUGAGCCAGCAGGUCAACCCAACAAGUAUUCCAAACUUGGACAUCCAAUACCAUUCCACAAGAGUAUAUUUGAUGAUAUACAACUCGGUAUUGUAGAAAAGAUGUUAUUGCAGUUGACUGAGAAACUAUACACGGUGCUGCAUGAUAGCUAUGACGGUUAUACAUACCACAAUUGCACUGAUAAAUGCUUGACAUGGAGCAAUUCUCAGCCUGCUGCAUUGCAAAGUGGUCAGCAUAAAGUGUGGAUUUGGUUUGUCCGUGACAUACCUGGUAUGUAUGUUCAUCCUGUGGGACUCGAGGUGUUAUUCGACUGCUCAGGAACAGACGCAACUCUAUGGAAUGUUGAAAAGAUUUAUUACAAUAACAAGACUUUUGAAAAUGGUCAAAGUUUAAUAGAUGCGUACAAUAAAGGAUCUGUUCAGAAAGCAUUUCUGAAAGCUCCCAAUGAAGAUGAGGCAAUAUAUUCCACAUAUAAGCUAAGGGGUGACCCCCUCCCCAAGAAACCAAAGCGAGGACCUCAAUUAUACGAACCUGAUGGAAGUCGUUUUAGUGUCCAGGGGCAUCACGUACAGUACAUGGGUUGGAGCUUUGAUUUCCGAGUUCGUUCUACAACUGGCCUUCAGAUUUUUAACAUGAUUUUUGACGGAAAUCGAAUAGCUUACGAACUAAGUCUCCAAGAAGCUGGUGCGUUUUAUUCAGCACAUUCUCCCAUGCAAAUGUUUACCGACUACCUGGAUAGCGGAUGGGCAAUGGGAUCUUCAACUUUUGAACUCGUGCCUGGAGUAGACUGUCCAGAAACCGCCAAGUUUGUUGACGUCAUCCAUCACGUUAGUACCCCUCGACCAAGACGAAUGAGGAACGCGGUGUGCAUUUUUGAGUUUGACACAGGAGUWCCUCUACGUCGCCAUUUUGAAAACGACUUCAAGGGUGGAUAUAAGUUUUAUGGAGGAAUGUCAUCUUAUGCGYUKGUUGUUCGCUACGUCAGUACCCCCUACAAUUACGAUUACAUAUUUGAUUACGUAUUCUACAAUAGCGGGACGGUAGAGGUGCGGUUUUCUACCUCUGGUUAUAUACAAGCAACWCUAUGGRCGUCUCAAGAGUCUCCGUACGGGAACGAAGUCCACAAAGAUGUGGCUGGGACAGUUCAUGAUCAUUUGCUGAACUUCAAAGUUGACUUGGACGUGAUAGGAAGAAAAAACUCAUACGAGACUAUAGACAUUGAUAGAGAAACCAUAGUAAACCCUUGGUUUCCUGCAUUCAAUCGCACGCAAAAGGUCCUCCGCCGAAGUAUCAAAACUACCGAAAAAGACGCAUUAUACAACUACAACUUCGAUCAUCCCAAAUAUCUCAACUUUUAUAGUGAAUCCAACCUCACUAGGACCGGCCAGCACCGCGGAUAUCGCAUUCAGCUCCGUGACAUCAUGAAACAAAUUUACCCAGAAUCGCUUCCUUUGAUGAAAUCAUGCAAUUGGGCAUUGUACCAGAUGGCCGUCACCAAAUAUAAAGAAAGUGAAAUGUGUAGCAGUUCCAUAUUCAAUCAGAUAGAUCCAUAUGAACCUGAAGUUGAUUUCCAAACAUUUUAUGCUGAUAACGAGAAUAUUCAAAAUGAKGACCUGGUUGCCUGGGUAACAACAGGAAUGAUGCACGUACCUCACACGGAAGACAUUCCAAAUACGGCAACGGCGGGAAAUACAGCGGGCUUCUUUUUACGWCCUUUCAACUUCUUUGAUGAAGAUCCAUCUGUGCGCUCAAGGGACGCCAUUGUCAUCACACCAAAGGACAAGAAAUUUACCGACGCGAAAGUUGAAAGGUUUGGAACCCCAGAUGGUCCGAAGUGCAUUCCCGAAAAAAAGCCUUUCAAAUUUACUGGUUCGUAUGGAUAUGCUUAAAAGCUAGACGGCUUUGUUGUUAAUAAGUUCUAGACUGAUUCCUCAGAUGUCACCGUAGUCUCUACAAAAGUUUAUUGAUCGCAAUAAUGACUAAUUAAUGAACUAAUUAAUACCAUUGCAUAGUUACUGCAUGUAUACUUUUUCAUACACGAUGUUUUUAUAUAGUUUAAUUUGUAAAUUUACAGGCCUUUUUUACAUUAAAUACCUUUUCUUGCU